GCGGUUCUGGCGACUCUGCGAGCAGAGAAGGAGAGAAAAAAAGAUUCUCGUAAAUUAAGCAGACCGCGAUUACCAGGUGGUAAUUAACGAAAAAGAUUUUCUCUCGUAGGCGUAGGCGUGUCGCAGACAACGAUCGUUGGUGUACAUGAUAAUAGAGAACAAAAGAUACGUCGGACAAAGAUUAUUGGUAAUUCGGUAAUGUGCAACAUCGAACAACGACGCGAUGUCUCGUUAUCGAGUAAUUAUUACGCUGGAGAAUUAGAGCGGGCGAGUCGCGAUCCGACGAUUAAUUAUGCCGCGCGUUACAAGUCGCGCAGUUAUCCACUCUUGCGGAAAUGUUUAUCUGCUCCGUUGAAACUUUCGCGAAAAUGAUGUUGCGAAAUUUCACCGGCGGGCGAAAAAUCUCUUGACGAAUAUUCCUGGUAUAAAAUUUUUCUCGUACAAUUUCUUGUAAAACUGGAGGUUGAAAUAUUUUCGAGACUUGUCAAUUGUAUCAAAAGAUGUUUCGAAGAGAACUUGUGCUAUUUCGAGGGGAAAGUGAUUUAGUGUAUUUAUAUUAUAGUUGUUUUUUAGGUAAACGUGUUAAUUUCAUCUUUUCAGAACGACAUAUCUUUCAAUGUAUGUUACAUGCGCAGAUGAUUUAAUUUUGUAAUUCUGUAUCAACAAGUUUCAUAAAACUAAAAUUAAAAUGUCCAUUGAAUUAGUAGUUUUUUAACACAAAUAUAUACAAUUUGAAGCAUCUAUUCUUCGUACGAUAAAUGCGCGUACAAAUACACUUACAGAAAUGCUAGUUAGAAUUUAAUCCUUGUUUGAAUUAUUUCUCGAUGUAUAGUUAAUAAUUUUUAUAAUAUUAAUCUCCCAGUAUUAAAUAAUUCUCGAUCACAUCAUUGUUUCGUCCAUAAUUUCUACGUGAUUACAUCUUCUUUUUUAAGAUAUACAGUUUCUUCUACUAUUUCUACGUAAUUAUAUCCCUUUUUUUUUUUUCUUUUUCGUAAGGUCUCAACAUCCAGUGAAAUGAAGAGAAACUAAAAUGGAACGGUUGUUACAACGUGGAAUUUAGGGUUACGAACAUUUCUGUUCGCAGGCAGGUUUACACGGCCUAACCGGACAUAUCGAGUUCAACGAAGGGAAGCGGAACAACUUCAAGCUCGAUCUGCUGAAGUUGAAGAAAGAAGAGCUGGUGAAGGUGGGCGAGUGGAAGCCCGGAACUGGCGUUAACGUGACGGACGUUGGUGCUUUUUACGAGAACACUGCCACUAAUAUCACCUUGGUCGUUAUGACGAGAGAGGAGAAACCGUACGUCAUGGUGAAGGAAGACAAGAAUCUGACGGGGAACGCGAGGUUCGAGGGGUUCUGCAUCGAUUUGCUCAAGUGGAUCGCGGGACAGGUCGGCUUUCAAUACGCCAUACGACUGGUGCCUGAUCACAUGUACGGUGUUUACGACCCGAAAACCAAGGAAUGGAACGGCAUUGUUAGAGAACUUAUGGAAAAGAGAGCGGACCUGGCUGUUGCGUCUAUGACGAUCAAUUACGCUCGGGAGAGCGUAAUAGAUUUCACCAAGCCGUUCAUGAACCUUGGUAUCGGAAUUCUGUUUAAGGUGCCCUCCAGCCAGCCAACGCGGUUGUUCUCCUUCAUGAACCCGUUGGCCGUGGAGAUCUGGCUGUACGUGCUGGCCGCGUACAUGCUGGUGAGCUUCACCCUCUUCGUUAUGGCUCGAUUCAGCCCGUACGAGUGGAACAAUCCGCACCCGUGUCUGGGGGAAAGCGACAUCGUCGAGAACCAGUUUAGCGUCAGCAACAGCUUCUGGUUUAUCACCGGCACGUUCCUCAGGCAGGGCAGCGGGCUCAACCCCAAGGUUUCCGGGCGAAUGCCGUCGAGGCUGUUCUCGUUCAUGAAUCCCCUCGCCGUGGAGAUUUGGUUAUCCAUGCUGGGCGCUUACGUGAUGGUCUCCCUAACGAUUUGGAUAGUGGCGAGAUUCUCGCCUUACGAAUGGGUCGAACCGACACCCUGCCCGAGCUGCAAAUGCCCGCUACAGGGUGGUCACGUGAGCGCGUUGGAUCCUGACAGCGACGACAUUCCUCUACCGAGAACGGUCAACGAGUUUACCAUGGCCAACAGCUUCUGGUUUACGGUCGGCACGCUUAUGCAACAGGGCAGCGACCUCAACCCCAAGGCAACCAGCACGAGAAUCGUCGGUGGAAUCUGGUGGUUCUUCACGUUGAUCAUCAUCUCUUCUUACACGGCCAACUUGGCCGCGUUCCUCACCGUCGAGAGAAUGAUCACGCCGAUCGAGAACGCGGCCGAUCUCGCAGAACAAACACAGAUCUCCUACGGAACUCUUGAAGGCGGAAGCACGAUGACAUUUUUCAGAGAUUCGAAGAUCGGGAUAUACAAGAAGAUGUGGGAGUUCAUGGAGACGAAAUCGCCAUCGGUGUUCGUAAAGAGCUACGAAGAUGGUGUGAAAAGAGUACUUGAGGGCGAUUACGCCUUUCUAAUGGAAUCCACCAUGCUCGAUUACGCUGUACAACGCGAUUGCAAUCUCACGCAAAUCGGCGGCCUGUUAGACAGUAAAGGCUACGGAAUUGCCACCCCGAAAGGCUCGCCCUGGAGGGACAAAAUAUCGCUGGCGAUUCUCGAGCUGCAGGAGAAGGGCGUGAUACAAAUUCUGUACGACAAGUGGUGGAAGAACACCGGCGACGUGUGCAACAGGGACGAAAAGAGCAAGGAGAACAAGGCGAACGCGCUCGGAGUGGAAAAUAUCGGUGGCGUCUUUGUCGUGCUGGUUUGCGGACUGGCGCUGGCUAUCCUCGUCGCGGUCCUCGAGUUCUGCUGGAACUCCAAGAAGAACGCCCAAUCGGACAGGCAGCAGCAACAGCAACAACAGCAACCGCCACCGUGCAAAGCCACGCCCACGCACACACGUCACACACACUGCCACUCACAUUCACACAGCCACAGUCACAGUCAUACGCACAAGCACCAACCACCCCCACCGAGACGGAGACGGGGCUCUUCAAGCAUCGUCCUGGGACAAGGAGGUGACCAUCCUGAGAGUAUUCUCUGGAGAUUCGACUGCGACCUGGCGGGUGAGCCAGACGUGGUGAUAUCGCCGCCACCGCCACCACCGCCACCCUCAGCGGCUGUAUCGAGAACCACGACCCUUUGA